UCUUAAGUGGACAUGGCCUGCAGGGGCCGCAUUCGACCCAGGGGCCUGUCCUGGGCCCUGCGACUGACCCUGGCAUGGAUCCUGCUAGGGGCCUGUGGAGGGAGCCGCCCAUUCCCCAUUAAGUCCCGAAGACACCACAGGCUGGCGGCCAAUCUGGGCACAGGUCAGCUGGACCUGGCAGGGCCCUAUUUUCCCUCAGAGAUGGACACACAAGAGGCAUUGGACCCAGUGAUCCUCCCAGGGCACUGUGGGGGAGAGUCGAGCCCCAGGUGUAAAUCAUUCCUGGGACACCUCCAAGUUGCCCUCCACAGUCGCUUGCACUUCCUGCUAUUGCAGAAACGUCAGACACAGCCACUCUGCGCAGAGCUCUGUGAUGCCUGGUUUGCCAUCUGCAAAAGCGAUAUCACCUGUGGCCCAACUUGGCUUCCACUCCUUGAAAAGAGGGGUUGCAACCCUGGCUGCAGUACCUAUGGGCAGACCUUCGCUGACGGGGUGGACCUUUGCCGCUCGGUUCUGGGCUACGCAAUGCCGGUGGCAGUUCCAGGCGCUGGUCACUGCCUCAACAUUUCCAUCUCCGUGCUUCCACAUCCCAGACAGAAACGGAGGGCGGGAGAAACCACCUUCCUGCGCUCCCGCCGCACUGGCACCUGGAUCCUGGACAUCAUGGGCAGCGGGAGUGGCAGUGGAAGUGGCAGCGGCCGCUAGGGGGCGCCUAGCCCUGGAUGGAGAGUCGUCCCUUUCCCUCAACUCCCGCCUGCCCCCUCACGACACCCAGAGCUCCAACCCUCUCCCUCUCUGCCCUCUAGUUUCUAGAGGCCUAUCCCUUUUCCCUGGGGCCCCAGAGACUAGCCUCUCUCCAAAUUAUUAGAGCAAUAACCCAACUCUAGCCCAUUUCCUCCUCUCCACCUGGAAUAAAGUCGCCAACUAGAGCACAUGAUGUGGCUGCUUCUUGGAGAAAUGAGUGGGAAGGCUCGUUGCCAGAAAGUGAUAGGUGUCUCACCCCAAUCCUCAGGACCUAGGGUUAGCGACUGAUUCACACUAGCAUGUAAAUGACAGAUGUGUAAAUGAUGGAUGGCCUAUACCCUGGAGCACUUGUCUCCUAAAUAGGUAUAUUCAGGUGUUAGAAACAGGGGGUGGAGUUAGAAGGGCUGACAAAGGCAGGUGUGUUCUCCCACUAUGUGCCACCAGGAAGAAGCUCCCUGCCACAUACGAAGCUCUCUGACUUGUAUGGAUGUCCCCUUCCUUCCUUCACAUUCUCCCAAAUCCCAACCCUAGCCCUAAAGGCAAAGGACUGGACCCUGAUUCAGGAUUUGGGUUGUAAGCACUACUCCUAAUUCUCUUCCUUAUCCACAGGCCCCAGGAGAGCCUCAGUUUCCUCACCUGGAAAAUAGAGGCAAGGUCCUUUUUAGUUCGAUAGAUCAAGAUUGAUGGAUGCCUCCUAUGACAAGGCACUGUGCUGAAAAAGAUGAGAUUCAUUCCCUGCCCUCAGGGAAAAUGAAAUGACAUAAGAAAAGUGUCCCACUAGGAGAGUAGCAACCAGGCCUCUUUUGGCUGCAAGAGACAAGUUCAGUUCAAAGUUUCUUUAGCCAAGACACUGCUAAACUUCAAGAAUGGCUGUAUUUUGGUGCUUAAAUGAUGCUGGGAAUCUAUCCCUAUCUUUUUCUCACAGUAGCAAAGAUGGACCAGAAUCCCAUGAUUCCAGUGACCUAUAGAAAUGGACCUAUUUCUCUGUCAAACCAGCAAAAGUUCCAGGGCUAGCUGUCACUGAUCCAGCCUCGUCAUGAGCCCAACACUUAACCAAUCAUAGUGCCCAGGGGGAUGCUGUGCUUUCACUGGCCUGAUCUGGGUUAUGGGCUUGUGCCUGAAGGCCCAUGAUGGGAUCAGUUCCAUCUGAACCACAUGGACUGAGGAUGGGAGAAGGGUGGUUACCCCAAAGGAAAGUCAGGCGCUGGGACCAGAAGAGAAAAGGGUGCUGGGCAGGGAAUCAAAAUAUAUUGGCCGGAGAAUGGUGGUUAGGACCCUGACUCUAUAGUACAGUUACCUGGGUUCACAUCCCAGUUCUACCAUUUACUCAUAUUGGUAACUUUGGGCAUGUUUCUUCAUCUAUAAAAUGGAAAUUAUAAUUGUUCCUCUCAUAGGAUUGUUGUUAAGUGAGUUCUUGCAAGUUGUUCUGGUUAUGCACUGCUGUGUAACAACUUCAAACACAGUAACAUAAAACAAUGAUCAUUAUUAGCUCUCAUGGUUCUGGGGUUUACCUGGGCUCAGCGGGGUUCUUGCUCAAGGUAUCUCACGUAGGAGAUAGAGUCACCUUGAAAGCUUCCUCACUCAUACAUCUGGUGCUUGGCACUGGCUCUUGCCUUGAACUUCAGCUGGGGCUGUUGGCAAGGAUAGCUAGACAUGGCCUCUCUCUGUGGUUUGGGCUUCCUCACAGGAUGGUGGCUGGGUUCCCAGGGCAAGUGCCCCAAGAAGGAGAACCAGGUGGCAGCUGUCUCACCUUUGAUGAUCUAGUCUUGGAAGUCACACAGUAUCACCUUGUAUUUUCUGAUCGCUAAGGUGAGUCACUAAAGCCAGCUCAUACUCAAAGAGAGGCAUCCUAGACUCUACCUCCCAAUAAGAGGGAUGUCAAAUAAAAUGCUUGGAAAGUGCUUGGCACAUCAUUAACAAUAAAUAUCAUUAUAAUCCAUUAUCAUUGUUGUUGAUGAUGAUGAUGUUAUAUGCUGUGUUACUGUAACAAAAGAAGCAGGCAUUUGAGGAAGAAAAGUGAUAGAAGCCUUGGAAGGAACUCCAGGCAGAUAGAAGACCAAGCUGUGAGGAAGUGCAUCUCAAGUAGGAGGCCUGGAAAGAUCAGGUUCUAGUCAGUGAGCCUGGAGCAGAGUGUGGGAACUAUGGACGGAUCAUUAGAAGUCCUUGAACUCCAGGCAAAGCCAACUUGGACCUGAUUAUGAGGGCCAUAGGUUUAUGCAGGGCAACAUCCAUCAGACUGACACUUGCAAGCAGGACAGGGAAGGGUGAAAUUGGAGGUGAGGGGUACCAGUGAGGACACUGGGACAGGAACUGGAAGAUAGGCAGAGGGGGAUGAACAAGAGGAAUUCGGACUAACCUGCAGUGCUGUCAAGAGCAGGAGUGGCUGUUUGAAAACUUCGAGAAGCAUUGCCUGGAACUCUCUUCCACCCUCCUGUUAUCUGUUCCACUCUACCCUUCAGAUCUUGGCCUGUCAGCUUGUCAAGCUCUGUGAGACCCAGACCAGUGCCAGCCUCCCCAUCAUGCAUCCCUGGGUCCUCUGGGACCCUUCCGGCUGGUCAAUGGUGGCUUCCCAGUGUCCAGCACAGAAUCUACAUAGAAUAGACAGGUGCUCUGCUAUGGGCUGAACUGCCCCCACCCCAUUCAUAUGUUGAGUCCUAACCCGCAGGACCUCAUGUGACUGUAUUUAAAGAUAGACCUUUAAGGUAAUUAAGGUUAAAUGAGGUCACACGGGUGGGGAGAUUAGGACACAGAUACACAGUGGGAAGACUAUGUGAGGAUGCAGGGAGAAGGCAGCCAUCAUCUACAAGCUGAGGAUAGAGGCUUCAGAAGAAAUUAAACUUGCCAACAUCUUCAUCUUUGACAUCUAGCCUCCAGAACUGUGAGAAAAUAAAUUUCUGUUGUUUAAGCCACCCAGCCUGUGGUACUUUGUUAUGACAGCCCAAAGAGACUAAUACAUGCUCCACAAAUAAUACUCCCACAAUGCUCUGGGAUUCUGCUAUCAAAUUAAAAAAUGAGCCAUCCCCUUUCUUCUUUCCAUGAAAAUCCUACUGUUCAAGUCCAGGUGGGGUUCAAGGGUUGGAGAGGAUGGGCCUCUCCCUAGCCCUAGGUGUCAAUUCCUGACUCUAUCCCAAAUAUUCCACUCCUCUUGUUAGGGAUUGCCUUGGGCUUGGACAUG